AUGGAUCCAUUACCAAAAAUUCGAUUACUAUUAAACGACAAAACAACUAGCGACUUAAUAAUUCGCGUUGAUGGAAAAAUUUAUUAUGCACAUAAAGUCAUUCUUUCAUUAAAAUCUGAAUGUUUUUGUAAAAUUUUUUCUGAAUAUAAAGGUAAAUAUUUUGAUUUUAGUUGUUCUAAAAAAUCUGUUCUUAGUGUGUGGUAUGAAUACAAAGAUGCCGUAACUCAUGAAACGAGAGAGAAUAGUGAAAAUAGCAAAAAUUAUUCAGUGACAAGAGAUCAAAGGAAAGUUGAGAUUUAUUAUGAUUAUGAAACUUUUGGUCAAUUUUUAGCAACUACUGAUGAAUUAUUCGCGAUCGCAUACUUAGCAAAAAAAUUUGGCGUACCUGGUUUAACAAACUUAACAGAUUCAUUGUUAAAAUUUCUUCCCAAAUCAUGGAAAUCAGACGAUAAUGUCUGGGAAGUUGGAUUGAUGGUUAGCAAAUGGUUAAACUUGGACCAAACUAAAUUAGCUAUUUUAAAAUUUUUGGUAAAUUGUUUAUCAAACGCUGAUGAUAAAAAUAAGACGGAAAGGAUUAUAAUGAGAUUGGGAAAAGAUGAUUUAAAGGAAGUUGAACGAUUAAUGAUGGAGAUUUAUGGAAAAUUGAAUGCAAAUGCAAUAGGACAAGAAAGCGAUGAUGAUAGUGAGGAUAGUGUAGAAUCAGAUUCUUCAAAAUCAGAGGCGUCGUGUGACACGACUAAAAUAGAAAAGCUAGGAAAUAACACGCAUAAAAAGGAAACUGCCAAAAAAGAUGACGAGUCUUCCAGUGAAUCAAGUGAUGA